AAGAAGAUGAGUUUAGAUGUUUAGCGCAUCGUCUAUUGCAUGAGUUGCACUCGCUUGUCUCAGGCCUGAAUGUGCCAAGUGCAGAGGAGGAAUUAUUAGCGAGUAGUGCCUAGUGCACCACUGACACCCUGCUUAUUGCACUGAUCGGGGCAAAGCAUUGGAUCCCUCCGCGUACUGUGAGCCGCCGGUGUAUAACCCGGAGCUGUGCCCAAACAUGAUCGCGGCGCAGGCCAAGCUGGUGUAUCAGCUGAACAAAUACUACUCGGAGCGCUGCCAGGCCAGGAAGGGGGCCAUUGCCAAGACCAUCCGGGAGGUGUGUAAAGUGGUGUCCGAUGUGCUGAAGGAGGUGGAGGUGCAAGAGCCGCGCUUCAUCAGUUCCCUCACUGAGAUCGACGCCCGCUUCGAGGGACUGGAGGUGGUGGCUCCCACCGAGUUCGAGGUCGUCCUUUACCUCAACCAGAUGGGGGUCUUUAACUUCGUGGAUGACGGUUCCCUGCCGGGCUGCGCGGUGCUCAAACUGAGUGACGGCCGAAAGCGCAGCAUGUCCCUGUGGGUGGAGUUCAUCACCGCCUCCGGGUACCUCUCCGCCCGCAAGAUCCGCUCCCGCUUCCAGACUCUGGUGGCCCAGGCGGUGGACAAGUGCAGUUACCGGGACGUGGUGAAGAUGAUCGCGGACACGAGCGAGGUGAAGCUGCGCAUCAGGGAGCGCUACAUUGUGCAGAUCACCCCGGCCUUCAAGUGCACUGGAAUCUGGCCUCGCAGCGCGGCGCAGUGGCCUCUACCCCACAUCCCGUGGCCCGGGCCCAAUAGGGUGGCAGAAGUGAAGGCGGAGGGUUUCAAUCUCCUCUCCAAGGAGUGUUACUCGCUGACCGGCAAGCAGAGCUCCGCGGAGAGCGACGCGUGGGUUGUGCAUUUCGCGGAGGCGGAGAACCGCUUGUUGCUGGGGGGCUGCCGGGGCAAGUGCUUGUCUGUGCUCAAGACUCUGCGGGACCGACACCUGGAGCUGCCCGGCCAGCCGCUCAAUAACUAUCACAUGAAGACCCUGCUGCUGUACGAGUGCGAGAAGCACCCCCGGGAGACCGACUGGGACGAGGCUUGUCUGGGGGAUCGGCUCAACGGCAUCUUGUUACAGCUCAUCUCCUGCCUGCAGUGUCGCAGGUGCCCGCACUACUUCUUGCCCAACCUCGACCUCUUCCAGGGAAAGCCGCACUCGGCGCUGGAAAGCGCGGCCAAACAGACGUGGAGGCUGGCCAGAGAGAUCCUCACUAACCCCAAAAGCCUCGACAAGCUCUGAGAAGUGACAAGAGCCUGGGCUAAACGGCUGCUACCCAAGGACACAGGGACAUAGUGCACAGGGCGACUAAGUAGCCAAAUUACAUGUGGAUCAACCCAUCUUAGACCAAACCGUAUUACGUCUUGACUGCGGCCCUGCAGCUAUGGCUGAACUUCAGGGUCAUUACAGGUCCAGUCCACUAGAAGUGCAAACCCAAUUGCUGACUCCAGUUCAAGCGCAGGAUAUUCCCCCUCUCCACCUCUUUUAUCUGUAGUCACCAGGGCAGACAACACUAGAGCACAAAGGAAUCUCCCCUUUUCCAGAACGAACCCAAUCUAGAACACAAUCUAGAACCCAAUCUAGAACAUAUUAGUAACCCAAUAUACUAAAUUCAGACUCCCCUCCCCCACAUUACAAUGUAAGCGAAUCUGCUCGCGAAGUUUCUCGAUUUGGCUGCUGGAAAAAAUGUAGAUUUACCAGACUCCACUACAGCAAAUACAAUUUCGCUUUAAUUUAUAUUUAUUUAUGAUAACGGGUCUCCACCUCGGGGAUCCAGUCCUAGGAAUUUUUUUCAUAGGACUGAAAUACUGAAUUAUUGAUCACAAGUUUCCCCCCCUCCAGCUCCUUUGGGCAUUUGUCCUGACAGAUAAGAGGUUAAUAAAAGCACUACCCGAAUGCCUAGAACUUGAAAAUGAAAUCACCUUUCAACAGGGCCCUAUUAAAAUGACCCUGAGCAAUAGCUUGCCUGCUUUAUGUCUUUGGCAGAACUAUAAGCGUUGAUCAAGCCCCAAGCAAGCUUCCAAGGACACUUUUAUUUCCUAUAGAUUUGGGACAAAAAGAAACAUUUCCUUGCACAGAAGGAGAGGGAAUUUCUCCUUCGAAACAAUGUGAACCAAGUCACAAGAGAAGCAAUCGGACUUAAGAAAAUUCAAGGUACAUUUUCAUAUGAAAUGUAGUGAUUUUCUUCAUUUUUUUCUUACUUUUGCCUGAAUGUUUGUCACCAAGUGAACAAAAAAUUAUUUAACUAAAUGUAAAAACAAAACCUCUUUUAAAGUUUACCGAUGUUAAAUGUAUUAUAGUGCCAACGUCAGACUGCGAGCAGCGGCCGACUUCUUGAAAACGAAAAUAAAUGAUAAUAAAAAAUGAUUACUGUAA